AUGGAGGCCGUCGGCUUCGCUUCCGCCCUCCUCGCCAUCUUGGAGGCUUCUGGGAAAAUUGUCCUCGCCUGCUACGAAUACCGCCAAGCUUUGAAAAGCGCGACAGACGACAUAGCCCGCCUGCUGGCUGAGGCAAUAAGCAUCAGAAAUGUCACAGAGAGGCUGAUAGAGAUUGCAGGGGCUGAGACCGGUGUCAAUCUACCGACACUUCAAAUCAUGUGCAAGCCUGGAGGUCUUUUGGACUCGUUCGUCAGCGAGCUUGAGGACCUUAGUCGGCUGCUUGAGCCGCACCGAAAAAGGACCGUGAUGCUUGUUCUGAAAUGGCCGUUGACAAAGUCCGAGUGUGAGAAAUCGUUGUCCGCCAUGGGCAGAAUCAAGUCAACUCUUCAGUUGGCUCUGGGUGCAGAUACUGCAGGCAACAUAAACGCCGUACUAGAACACACUAGAUCUUUGCCAAAGAUUGGCUUCGGCGUAUCUCGUCUGGUCGAGCAAACGAACGAGGCGAAACAAGACAAAGCUUUGGAAGAUGUUCUUCGCUUGAUUCGUGGACGUGAUCAGGAGCAGAAAUACCAAGAACAAGCCAAGAGAAGAGCGAACCGCACCGGCGAGUGGCUUCUCAGCAACGAGUCUUACAUCGAGUGGAAGGCGAGGCCUUGCCAACUUAUGUGGCUACAUGGCAUGUCUGGAUGCGGAAAGACAGUGUUAUGUUCCAAGGUCAUCCAAGACUUGAAAUAUCACUGCCAAGUCAUUGAGUCGAGCAGCUUGUGUUACUACUUCUUCGACGGAUCCGACUCAAGUACUGUCAGUCUCGAGAAGAUCCACCGGUCUCUUAUUUCGCAGUUGGUCUGCCAAAUUCAGGCAAGCGACAACGAACUGGAUCUCGACGACCUCAAGUGGGACCUGGAAAGCCUGAAUGCAGGACCCAAAAUGAGGCGGGGACCAAUAGUGACCGUGACUGAGUUGCUCGAGGCAAUUUUGGUGAAGCUAAUGUCUCAGUUUUGGAGCACUUAUGUGGUGAUAGAUGGCUUCGACGAGUGCGAAGACGCAGAUGCACUGGAGAACAUUUUGAGAUCCCUGAGAAGGCUCCAGCAGAAGAAGAAGCUUUCACUCUUGAUCAAUGCGAACGUCGACGUGAAUGCAUCCGGUGGACGAUACGGAUCAGCCAUCGGCGCUGCAGCCGCGCAGGGACAUGCCGAUGUUGUCUGCGAACUUUUGGAAGCGGGCGCCGAAGCUCAGCUUCGAGGGAGAAGAUUUGGCGAUCACCGACACAACACACUCUUUCUAGCUGUGGAAGGUGGAAGCCUUGAAAUUGUUAGGCUGCUACUUGCGCAUGGCGCCACAGACUACUGGGUCAUGAAAGCCCGGCCUGCAAGCGCUCUUGACUUUGCCACGCAGCAUGGACGAAUCGACAUCGUUAAAGAGCUUCUGAAGCACACAGACUCCUUGAAAGGCAACAGUAUGGAAUCCCUCGCAGCCAGCCAAUACUCAGCCGCGGAACUGGGUCACAAGGAGAUCUUUCGCGAGCUGGCGGUGCACGACAUGAGCAUCGGUGGGAAGCUUCGUCACGCUGCAAAAGCCGGCGAUCUUACUCUUGUUCUUGAAUGUUUGGACAACGGGGCUGAGAUUGACGAACCUGAGGACAUCUUCGAUCACCCUCGAGCACUGGUCUCUGCAGCUUCUUCAGCAAAUGUCGCAAUCGUGCGAGAACUUCUUAGUAGGGGGGCGGAUCCAAACCCCGACGCUCUCGAAGCAGCUGCCAACGCAGGAAGCUUGGAAAUUGUACAUGAACUGGUGAAGGCGGGAGCGGAUGUCAAUCCUAAAUGGUCGGGGCCGGUUCACGAGGCUGCAAGAGGCAAGCAGUGGGAGAUACUUGCGUAUCUUGCCGGCCAAGGAGCAGACCUGCAUCUCGCUCUGCAUAGGGCCACUGUGGAGGGCGAUCUACAAGCCUUCGAGCAGCUGGUGAAACUCGGAGCAGACAUCAAUCGCGAGAAGCCUGAUGAUAAAGCCCCUCUACUUCAGGCUGCGGCUAGAGCUGCUAAAGCUGGAAGUGAGGAAGCGUGUUUCGAUCUCAUUGAACGAGGCGCGUCGAUAACAUCAAGCUAUCCUGUCACGUUGGGUACACCGCUCGUCUACGCCAUCUGGGAAGGACUGACAGAGGUGAUCCAUGCGCUUCUUGGCCUCGGUGCAAACCCCAGCCAGCAUGGCACCAUCAUAAGUCGCGACAAACCAUCAACACCGUUGCUUCUUGCCGUGGAAAAGCGAGACAUUGACACUGUGCAUCGCCUCAUCGCCGCCGGCGCCGAUGUUGAUGAGCAAGAUAUCGAGGGGUUCUGUCCCUUACAUGUGGCAGCGGUUGCCGCCAGUGAUGAGGAUGCAACCGCAGAUAUCAAAGGCGAUGCUCAGAUCCUGGAAACACUCAUUACAAAGUAUCACGCCAGUAUCAACAGCCCACGGUUGCUCAACGGCAGCCUGCCGCUGCACUCGGCCGCGUCGCGCGGUUCAAUUUCCCAGGUACGGAUUUUGAUCGAUGCUGGUGCGGAGAUAGACGCAACCAACAAUGAUGGGAGAACGCCUCUGCACUGGGCUGCCGAGAAUGGUCGCUGGGAUGUAGUUGAGCUUCUACUCGACAGGAAAGCCAACCAUGAACUUAGGUCAAGCGAAGAAACCUUGCAAAUGGCUUGGCAAUUGGGACACGCCGCGAAAGAGCAGCCACUUUGGCAAAUACGACCUAUCAAAGGAUGGGAUGCCGAGAGGAUUGAUGCACUGUUAGAAAGGCUAGAGGGUGCAACGAAGGAUCAGCGGGACACACAUUGA